AUGUACCGAACCAUAUCUGCUUUCCUCUUUUUAACCGUAGUCUCUGGCACAGUAAUAGUCAUAUCCACCGAAAAAUGAUUUAUCAUUUGAGUGGGAUUAGAGCUUAGAACUCUAGCCUUAGUACCAGUUCUUUGUUCUAAUUUCUCCCCUCGAAAAGUAGAAGCAACAAUAAAGUACUUUCUUGUGCAGGCCCUAAGCGCUGCCCUACUUCUUAAAGGCGCACUUAUUCAAGCCUGGCUAACAGGAUCUUGAUCAGUUUUAGAACCGCUUAAAAAAGUAAGUGCCAUAUGUCUAAGAGUUGCACUAGCAUUCAAGUUAGGUCUUGCUCCCUGCCAUUUCUGGUUCCCGGACGUCCUACAAGGACUACCAUUUUUCCAAGGAUUAAUCAUAGCCACUUGACAGAAGAUAGCUCCCCUUUUAAUACUCUUCUUUUUCGGUCAACUAGUUAUUUCUUACCUUCUAAUCGUAGCUAGAUUAAUCUCUAUUUUAGUUGGAGGAUGAGGAGGACUUAACCAGACUCAAGUUCGUAAGAUUCUAGCCUUUUCCUCAAUAGGAAACAUGGGAUGGUUAAUAAUAACCUCAGCUUACUCAGUGAAGGCCGCAAUACUUAUGUUGAUCAUCUACCUGGUUAUUAAAACUGCAAUAUUUCUCCUUUUUGACUUUUUAAAAAUCUCGACACUUGGCCACCUAAAAACUACCUCCCAACUUUCCCCAACAAGAAUUGCCCUAGUUAUUCUACUAAUGCUUUCUUUAGGAGGACUCCCUCCCCUAACGGGAUUUAUUUUGAAGUUUACUUCCUUGUACUUCCUUAUAAGUAAUGGCUUUAUAGCUUUCUCUUCGAUAAUGAUUGUAGGGAGCCUCCUAAGCCUAUUUUUCUACCUCCGAAUCUCAUUUAAAACAGGACUAAUACUAUUCCCGCAGCACAUAAUUAGAAUCACAUCCUGACGUAAAAACGCUAUUCUUUCUCCUCUCACCACUAAGGUUUGACUAAUAUCCAUCCUAGUAGUUCUAAGAACACUUUCAAUCCCUCUUACUCUUCCCCUAUAUAUAAUCACAUAA